AUGGCCGGCUCAAUUCGCAAAUUAGCUGCGCAGUACUUCCAGCUGGUGGAUUUGCAGCACUUGGCCCUUCCACCAGGUCCUGUACUGGUCCAGCCAGAUGUUCAAGCAGCUAUAUACGAGCGCAUGUUCAAUGAGACUACGGUCUUUCCUAUCCCGCCAGCCAACUACCGAAGCCGAGUGCUGAAACUGAUUCUCUCACGCAUUGAGGAAUCAAUAACUGACCCUGAGGAGGAUGAGAUCAACGAUGAUCUCAUGGAAUGCUGGACCGAACUGGUAGCCCAGCCAAAACAAUCCGCCGUCCAGCAGGCGCAGCAGCUAUCUUUCAUCAAAUACACAGCACCAGCCGAAACAAAAACAGAAACAGGGUCAGUCACCCAAUAUGCAAACAUCGAGCGAUCAGUCAUCACCUCUGAAUCCCGCGGUCUCAUCCUCUCAGCUGGAACGACCGGAUUCCGCACUUGGGAAGCUGCCCUGCAUCUAGGUUCGUUCUUGGCUUCCGAAGCUGGCAAGGCCAUUGUGCGCAAUAAGCGGGUUAUUGAGCUCGGUGCUGGCACGGGAUUCCUGUCUCUUGUUUGUGCGCGCUAUCUUGGUGUGCGCAGUGUUGUUGUUACGGAUCGGGAGCCUGCUCUUAUUGAUAAUAUGCGUGAAUGUGUCCCGCAUAACCUUGACAAUGGUCGGUCUAUUCCUAUCUAUCCUGCUGUUUGGGAGUGGGGGACUCCACUUGAGCGGACGGGAGACCUUGCUGGGCUCGCUUCUGGUGAGGAUGAGGGCGAGAGUAUCAAAUUUGAUGUUGCGCUCGGUGCUGAUUUGAUCUAUGAUACCGACAUCAUCCCUCUGCUAUUGUCUACCGUACGGGAUCUCUUUGAGAAUUACCACAUUGAGCAUUUCAUCAUUGCGGCAACACUGCGCAACGAGGAUACCUUCCGCACGUUCUUGAAUGGAUGUGAAACAAACAACUUCAAUGUUGAAACCCUACCAUUCGAGUCGACUCCGUCACAGGAUCAAACAGGCUUCUUCCAUUCGACUAGCAUCCCCAUCCGGACGUAUCGAAUUUCGCGGAAAUGA